CUUCCCACCCAUUCAUUCAUUGGCUCUAUUCCCUCACACAUCACCAUUUUCUAAAUCAAAUCUCUCUACAUAAAAUGAAGUUGAACAAGAAAAACACUAAAACAACAACAUAUUGUUCAUAAACAAAUUUCCGUUCCUUGUUAUUAUCAUUUGCAAUAUCUUUGCAUGAAAGAGCAAGAAUCUCCUUCAAUGGAUCAAGAAACCCCAUCAACCACAAAGACCCAUGUUUGUAACAACAUGAAGAUUCAACAUGAUGUGGCCAUGGCAGAAGAUCAUAAUAGUAAUAAUAACAAUGUAAGAGAGAAGCUAAAGAGGCAUAAAAUUUCAAUGGCAGGAAGGGUAUGGAUCCCAGAAACAUGGGGUCAAGAAGAGCUCUUGAAAGAUUGGAUCGAUUGCACUUCAUUUGAAGCUCCUUUGGUUCCAAGCAGAAUCAUGAUGGCUAAAGCAGCUUUAGUUCAAGAGGGUAGAAGAACAAGUAGUGCUGGAUUAACAAUACAAAACAGGAUCAAGACGAGUUCAACAUCAACAAAAGGAUUUCGUGUUUUCAAGCUGGAUCUAAGUGGUCCUAGAUAGUUGGAGGUUGAUGACCUUGGGUAAGAGUAGUUUAUGCUGCAGGGGUUGAAGGUGCACAAGAUUUUGGUGGUUGGCAAUUGCAUCUUUUUCCGCCAUGCAAAUACACUAAAAUCACAUUCACCGUCACAUAAUUUUGGACCAUUAAAUUUUUUUCAGCAUGCUUCUUUCCAUAGUUAUCAAAAUCCAACAGACAAUCAACUUGGUAAAGUUACUGAGUUAUU